ACAGUUGAAGCAAACCUGGCACACAUUAGUCCUCAAUCAUCCCCAAUACAUGCACCAACACCAACAUCCCCCACACAGCUCACACAGGAUAACACAUCCGAAGGACCAAACAUGAGCCAUAAUGUCAAUGAGGGGGGUCAACCCUCCACCGAAGAUGUCCUUCACACCAUUGGCACACAAACUCAGGAGAAGAAGAAUAGGAAGAAGAGAGCUUGUCUUCGGAAAACUGAGGACACAAGGCUGAAGAAAAUCAAGGUUACAAGCUCUUCGAUAGAACUGUACAACAAGUACAUCACCGCCAGAUGUUUAAGGCCUCCCAAAAAAACUGAUAAAAGGCCACCUUUCAUCGAUUACGGUGGGUACCAUAUAUCAUAUGAACACUUCCGUGACGCACUCAAGCCACGCGGAUGGGUUGACACCCAUACAUUGGAGCUCUACAUUCGCCAGUUCAACCUUCAACAAACAAUGGAAGCAUGUAGCUCUGCCCUUCCUACCAAAUACGCCUUCUCACAGUCCUUGACGGCAAAACUAAGCGUGCUCGAGGAAAAAUUCGUUGCAACCAACUGCCUUCGUGAAUUCAACAAUGCCUACCAAGAUGGCUCGCUCAAGUCAAAGGAUAUGCUUUACUUCGCAAUUCCCCACAGACAACAUUGGAUACUAUGUUGCAUCAACCUUCUUUACAAACAGAUCAACAUAUUCGAUUCAGACAAGAAGCUGAAAAAUGAUGAAGUGUACGAGUUGUCAAACAAUCUGGUUACCAACUUUACGACACUGGCCACGCAUGCCAAAGCAUUCACAAAGUUGGAUUUCAUGAAGUUCACGUGCUUCAACCCCCCGAUUGCCCCCAACAGAAAACGCACUACGAUUGCGGAAUAUUCACAAUGCUCUUCAUGAAGCAAUGGGAUGGGAAGAUCAUGGCCAACUUUUCCAAGGAUACAUACGGCCAUCGGGCGAUUAUCACCGAACUAAUCAUAACUUCGCAGCUCAACAACCAAGACCCUACCUGGGUACUGAAGAAAAACUGAGGAACCGUCUUAGUCGCGAUCAAACAAAUAAUAUUCCUCGUAGAUAAUCACGCCGACGAGCAUUCAACAGAAUAAACGAUCGCGCUUCUGCGAACUAUGUGCUUCCAAGUUUAUUUUUUACUUCUAGCUAGUUGUUUUAUUACACAAUUCAACUUCGUUACCAACAGGUUCCCAUAUUUUUGUGUCCUCUAUCUGGUACUAUUUUGUACUCAAUCAUGAGUUUUCAAGCUGGAAGUAACAGAGCAUUGUUUUUUCGCUUCA